GCUUGCGCUUACCAUCUGACAUGCAGGGCGGUGCGUAGUACAGGGAUCGUCAGCAUAUUACUGCCCUACGGCGCCUUCGCUUCUGCGCCUCUGCGCCGUUCCUCUUCCCACAACUCCCACUUCAAUUCCCAUCGCGCCACCGUCAAGAUGAUGCGCAAGAAGACGACAUACACGAACAUCACCCCCAUCCCCUCCUUCAUUCCGCGACAGCUGGCGAUCGAUAUCUUGCACAGUCACGGCGAAAUCAUUGGACUGAAUCCUCUUGUCACUGGAUUUGAACCUGUCAAAGCGCCUCGAGAUGCGCCGUCAGACGAAUUCUAUGCGACCUGGUACGAGAUAGCCCAACGGAUACAAUACAUCCCUGGCAUCGGCAAAUUGGGCAGCGGCGCUAUCAAAUUCAAGGGUUGUUUCCACGACAUGCCAUGGGGCUUACAAACACACAUCUAUGCGCCUGCCGGUGUAGACAUGCGCAACAAGUGGCAGAUCUGUGGCAAUCAGCCCGGUGAAGCUGUAGAGACGAGAGAGCUAGGCCUUGGAGCCCCGCCUGAGGGGCUGUACCUGCGCGAGGAUAUUGAGAUCAAGUGCAACAUGACCAUGGCUGGCUUCGUUAAGAAAGAGAACAAAGUCGCAUCCAAGGUUUUUGUCGACCGUCUGAUCAAGAAGGCCGAACUGCUGGACGCAGGCAUAUUGCAGGGCAUGAUGGAUAAGGGAAAGCUGAAGACGUUCAACCCUGCCGAUCGGUCCAGCAUGGUACCGGCAUCGCCAGGCCCAUCGCCACAGCACGCAAACUUGCAGCCAUACAAUAUGCCCAUGUCACCUGCCCGCUCACCUUCGCAGUCGCAUCAUCCAGUUCCGCAAGGGUAUGUUCCUCCGGGACAGCUCCUAGGUCAGAACACCGUGGUCAUGGAAUUGCCAGGAGAUUAUUACCAUACCCAGCCAUCUCCAGGUCUGCUACAGCCUGACCAUCGCCUGUCAAACGCGAGUGAAGGAUCAAGGUCGCCAAACCUCCAUGAUGCACGCUGGUCGCAAGCCUCGAAUGACUACCAAAGUUCAAUGAGCUCCCGUCCGAGCUCCUACGCGCCAUCUGAGAACCCUCGUUCCCCAGGACUUGAUCAAAAAGCAUUUACUGCAGAAUUGCCUACAAUGGAGGAGACACGAGAAGAGCACUCGGAUCGCGUGAAGCGCGCAAGCCAGCAGAGUACUCAGGAGCACAAAUACACGUACAACCCUCAAGAUUACGCUCGACAGGCGCAAUAUGCAGUACCGCCGCAGUAUACGCCAUAUAAUCCUCAAGGUAACUCGUAAGCCACGAGUACAAAAAGUUUCCUUGAUUGUACA